CCCAGGUUUGUUUUCAGUUGGGGAACGAACACACAAAAAUUUCUCAUUUUCUCACCUGAAAAAAUCUCAGUUUUUGCGAUUCAAUCCUAUUCUUUCUCAUCUUCCUUCUAUUCCCAAGACCAAAUAACUCGCAUUUCAAUUGGUUUGUGUUCAAAUUCUACACAAAGGUGCAGGGUGUUGAUCUAUAUUGGCUGAGGUGUGGGGGAUGUUUCUCUAACGUUUGGGAUCAGGGAAUGACUAACAUAAUCCCGGAAGCGCCUCAGGGGGAUGGUCAUGCUUCUCCUCCCCAACCCCCGCCUGGCGGCCCUGGUGGCGACCCCAAUCAUCAUGCUGAAUCUCAUGGUUCUCGUGGUGGCAAUACGGUUUUCAAGAGUGGGCCACUCUUUAUAUCUUCCAAAGGAAUUGGAUGGACAUCCUGGAAAAAGAGAUGGUUUAUUUUAACUCGUACUUCGCUGGUUUUCUUCAGAAGUGAUCCUAGUGCUGUUCAGAAGGGGAGUGAAGUGAAUUUGACCCUUGGUGGUAUUGACCUCAACAAUUCAGGCAGUGUGGUUGUCAAAGAAGACAAAAAACUCUUGACUGUACUCUUUCCAGAUGGUCGUGAUGGGCGAGCCUUCACACUUAAGGCUGAAACUUCGAAAGAUCUACAUGAAUGGAAGGAAGCACUGGAUAACGCUUUGGCACAAGCUCCAAGUGGCGCUCAUGGUGUGGGGCAAAAUGGUAUCUUGGGGAAUGAUCAGACAGACUCCAAAAAAGGUUCUUUGGACCAGCCAAAGGAGAAACCACCUGUGAAAUCUACAAUUAUUGGGGUGCCUAUUUUGCUGGCCUUGGAAGACGUUGAUGGAGCUCCAUGUUUCUUGGAAAAAGCCCUUAGGUUCCUAGAAGAACAUGGAGUCAAGGUAGAAGGAAUCUUACGACAAGCUGCAGAUGUUGAUGACGUUGAAUCUCGAAUACGGGAAUAUGAGAAGGGGAAAGUUGAUUUUUCUCCCGAGGAGGAUCCACAUGUCAUUGCUGAUUGUGUCAAGUAUGUCCUCCGAGAGUUGCCAUCUUCUCCAGUCCCUGCAUCUUGCUGUAACGCACUGCUAGAUUCCUUUCGCAAGUCUGGUAAUGAUCGGGGUGGUAGAAUCAAUGCCAUGCGUACGACAAUAUGUGAUACAUUCCCGGAGCCAAACCGUCGUUUAUUGCAAAGAAUUCUAUUGAUGAUGCAAACUAUUGCUUCUCACAAAGCCGUGAAUCGAAUGAGCUGCUCAGCAGUGGCAGCUUGCAUGGCUCCCUUACUUCUUCGUCCACUCCUAGCUGGGGAUUGUGAAAUAGACAAUGAUUUUAGUGUGGGUGGCGACAAUUCGGUUCAGCUUUUGCAAGCAGCUGCUGCAGCUAAUCAUGCUCAAGCAAUUGUUAUAACUUUGCUGGAGGAGUAUGAUAACAUAUUUGGGGAAGGUUCCAUAUCCGGUGAACUAUACAGUGACACAGAUGAUGAUGAAACUGAAACCGAGGGGGAAACUGAAGAUGAUGAGUACUAUGAAGAUGAUGAAACUGAGUCUGGAGAAUACGAUGACGAUGAUGAUGUUGAAAUUGUCAGUGGGUCAUGCAGUGAGAGUGAUGAAGAUGAUGAACAGUUUGACAAUAAGGCUGGUUCCAAGGUUCCUGAUGGAGGCAAUGAUAGCAAAUCUCCAAAGAAGUUGUCAUCAAGCUCACUUAAACAUGUGAAGCAUCAAUAUAGUGUAAAAAGCAAUGAUAAUGAGUCUACUGGAGUAGCAGGUGUUUCUAGAGAAACAAGCUCUGUGCAUCAGUCAACUGGCCAUGGCCUUCCAUGCAUGCAAAAAUCUUCAACUAUAUCCAAUGGACCUGAUUAUGGUGCAACGCAUCGUCCUAACUGGGGACGUACCGGUGCAAGGAAGAACCUUUCCAUGGAAUCCAUUGACUUCGGUGUUGAGGAGGAGGAUGAAGAAAUCCAGAGGCUAGAGAUUACAAAAGCUGAGUUAGAAAAUAAAAUUGUAGAAGAGGUUCAAGGGAAUGUAACUCUGCAAGCAAAUCUAGAAAAGCAGAAGAAGGCCUUGCUUGAACGUCGUCGAGCUCUCAAACAAGAUGUGGCAAGACUACAGGAACAGUUACAGAAGGAGAGAGAUUUGGGAGCAGCCCUUGAAGCAGGGCUAAAAAUCUCCGAGGGCCAUGUACCUAAUUUAGCCGAUGUUGAUGAAAAAACAAGGGCAGAGCUUGAGGAAAUGGUUCAGGCAGAGGCGGAUUGUACCAACUUGAAAAAGAAGGUUGAUGAUCUAGGUGUGCAGCUUAAUCAACAACGUGAACGAAACUAUGGCUCUAGCUCUGCGUCUGAUGCAUCCAAUUUGUCGCGACAUAGUCAUAAUACAAAACAGCAGACGAAGGAUAAACAGAAGGAUAGUGAAGCAGUAGUCCCUUCACAUGUUGAACCGUCAAGAAGUAAGGAUGGUCAUCAAGAUGGCACAGAAAAUGCAAAUGAGAGGAAGGUGGAUGGACUACAUAAACUCUCCCGACUUGUUGGUGGUAUAUCCGAUUCUUCUGCAGUGGAACCAGUUGUUGCCAAGCAUGGCAAGAAAGGGGGUGAGGGGGGUAGUACAUCUUCAGCAAUAACAAAGUUGACAUCGCGACUAAACUUUUUGAAGGAGCGGCGGAGCCAAAUAGCUAAUGAAAUUCAAAGCAGAGAUAAAGUUCAAUCUUCCCAAAACUUGGAGAAAUGUCAAUCGCUCCCAGAUAAUCCGGAAAAAGUUAGAGGAUUGGAAGGGGCGGUAUCAAGCCAAAAGUCAGAAAAACUCAGAAAGGCUGAGAGUCACUCUGAGAGUAGAGGGAAAAAGUCAGAAGCCCAACAACAGCAUAUCCUGGACAGAGGAAAAUCAGAAAGCCAUCUUUCUGUUGACGUGGACAAAGGUCGAGUCAUUGACAGUAGUAGGAGUAGUAGCAGCAGCAGUAGUAAACCUUUCCCUUCUCCAAGGAAAGACAACAGAUGAUACCGGGUUGAUAUGUUUUUAUCAAGGACAAGAGGAUUAGUUUGUCGCACAUGGCAUCUUAUUAUUUCUUACAAGACACUGCUGCUGGACAUGGAAUUGAACCUUAGUGCAUAUUGAAGGUGAGGAAGUUCAUUGAUAUAAGAAUCCUGGAAAAUAGCUGGUUUAAUUUGAUGCCGAUACCAAAAUAGUUGCUUGAGUCUGUGGACCUCUGUUCCUAAUCCUCAGAAUGUACAGAUAAAGCAUCGCCUUGAUGAAGCUGAAUUAUUUGUAAUCUGACUGCUCAUUUCUGCUGGCACAAAGUGACGCAGCAGAGCUGAUUAGUGUUUGCAUCUGUUGUAUGGAUGAUGAAAUAUCUUAUUUUGGUUCUGGUUUCUUAGCGUAAGCUGAUAAAUCCUAGUGGACAUAAUUCACGUUUGUGUGAAUGUGCCAUUACAUUCCUUAACUGUGUUAACUAAACAGUGUUUAUUUCAAAUGUUUGAACUUUGAAGGAGAAUGUUUGGACACCUCUAAAUUAGAAUGAAGAAUGUUUAAUGUUCAAA